GUUUAACUAAGUACAGAGCCGGAAAUGUUUAAGUGUAACACCAUCGCAAGCAGCUGUCGCCAUGUGGAAAGUUAGUGUUGCAACGCAUCUGUAACAGUACUAUGUAGAGUGGUGUUAUUAUGCUUGCUGGAACUUGUUUUAAACUAUGGUCAUGUUGUUAUGGUGUUUGAACUUUUCAGCACUGACAGCUGUCUGAACAUUUGUCAUAUAAACUUCUGAAAAUGGCGUCUGCUUCUCAGACUGGGAAGGGUGCAGUCCGCAAAGCAAAACAAGUCCCAGUAAAAAACAGUUUAGAUAACCCAUAUCAUAUUGAAUGGAACACACUGGAGAGAGGAGAUAUGCAUUUCAUUUUACAGAUCUUGAAGGAUACGAUUACAGAGGUUGGGCUUAAAAAACUUGAGCGGCCAAAGAAGAAAAGGACUUUUACUAAAAAACGGAAAUCAAGAAGUAAAUCUGAUCAACAGCAGGAUGAUGCUUUAAGAAAACCAGCUGGUGAAGAAGCAGAGGUUAAUGAAGAUCAACAAGAUGAUGAUUGUCCAAGUACAGUGGUUAGCAAAGAAACUAAAGGUAGUGAAGCACAUCUUGGAUGGUCUGAUUUAGAAAUAAGAAAACGGUUAGCAAUUGGAAUCAAUGAAGUUACCCGAGCUUUGGAAAAAGAUCAGCUGUGUUUAGUUCUUGUUUGUAAAUCUGUAAAGCCUGCACUGAUGACCAGACACUUGAUUCAGCUGAGUGCAAGUCGAGCUGUACCUGCUUGUCAAGUCCCACGGUUAAGUGAGAAUGUGGCACCUUUAAUCGGCUUGAAGUCAGUCCUAGCACUUGGCUUCCAUCGGGAUGCUGGGACAUUUGCAGAUGCUGUGAACGUGAUCAUUCCCAAAGUGCCUUCUCUGCAAGUUCCAUGGAUACAACACACACAAGCAGAGGAGGAAGCAGUAGAUGAAUCCCUUGAUCUUUUGGGUGAUAAGGAUGCUUUGGAGGCCAAUGGGACUCCUUCACAAGAAACAGUUGUGACUGUUAGUCAGAAGCGUAAACAUACAGAAGAUGUCUUGGAUACUAAUAAACAAGAUGUUUUACAGCUACAGCCCCUGAAAGUGAAGAAACUGGUUCCAAACCCUAACAGAGUGCGGAAACCUAAAAAAAAGAAGCAAAAGAAGUAAUUUUGUGUGUGUUGUGUUGUGUUUUUUUCCCCAAGGGGAUCUGAUCUCCGCUAUUUCUGCAAUCGUUCUCCAUCACUUUUGUGCUUUUGAUUACAUGAACGUCAUUAGGACCAAGAGUAUUAAUGACAUAUACUACCAACAGACGCUGUGUAGCAUCUGUCGCGUUACCCUAACCAUAGCCUUUUUUUUUUUAAAUGAAGCCAGUCUUUUUGAAUUUGCAAAGUUUGCAAGUUACCUUUGGUAAAGGGCAAGUAAUGACUCUUGUGUACUAAUGCAGAAUUUUGCCUUCUUUGAUAAAGAAUGAGUCCAUGACAGAAGUCCAAAGACCCACAAAUGCAAAUCACAGAACUGCAAACACUAAAGGGCAACCAAAUUUAAAAAGAAUUAAUAUCAAAAUUCACAGUAUUACUGUAAAUGAUUUUUAUAUGGGGGCUUUGUAUCUCUAACAUGUGGAGGGAAGCCACACCCCAACCCUGUCUCCUGUGUAUACUAAUGUGAGAUUUCUGUAGAGGAAUUCUCUGAGGUACAGGUUAAAUGUCAACCUUAAUA